GCUCGCUGUCACUCCGAGGAAGAGCCCGAUUGGUGGCUGUGGUCCCGCUGGCAAGCGGAAAACGGCUCUCGGGUGACGAGGAUCCAUCCAUCCAUCCCUCCAUGGACGCUGGACGGAUGCGGCGGGCAAGCAGUCGACGACAUUCGCUGGGCAGCGUCGGCGGAUUUCGAGCGGAUCAUCGCCCUCCAACUUCUGCCGAGUUUCGGAGGCCAAGCCAGCCACUGCAUCACGAACCGAGGACGCGUGUCCCAACAGGGUUGAAUGCCCGCCACCUGUCCUGCUGAUUAUGAAGUCAAUGCCACGUCCUCAUGCGUCGUCUAUUCUUGAGUGCGCAAGAGAACUGAUCGCUGCGCAGAUCGAUCGAUAAAACCUCGUAUCUUCGAUAUUUGAAAGUGAUUCUUUGUCGGGAGGUACGAGGAUUGGGGAAGGGCGCAGCGAGGAAGGCAGGAAGGCAGUCACAGCAGAGGACAGCAGAGGACAGCAGAAAUUAUUUGGAGUUCACACUCGCAACCCGUUUCGAGAUUUGGUAACGCAAGCGAGUAUGGGGCAGGAGGAUCUUCAACCUGAUCAUCAUCAAAUCCCGGUCGAUGUCGGUGAUUAUCGCCACACUCAUGAUCCCGACGAUGACUUGGACGAGCCUGAGCGCCCGGAGGCCAUGGAUGCCGCGCUGCUGAUGUUCAGAGCUCUGACUGUGAUCACUGCCCUCUCCGCUCUCACGUGCAUGAUCGUGAAUUUGGUUUCUCUUCUCCGCUCCUUCAGGUGGAAAGUCGAGAUAUUUGUCGGCAUCUUGCGAAUUUACGCAGUCGUCUUUGCAGCUUUCGUUGCAAUCGCCGAGACAGAGUGGCAAUGGGUGUUUCGUCAUUGGCCGCUCUUGGAAGUUUGGGUGGGACGAGGGAUGCUACAGAUCUUUGUCGCCAUCAUGACGAAGGCACUAGCUGGUGUGAGCUGGGAGGUUCGAUUCGAAAGAUUGCUGCACAACAUCGCAAGUUGGAUGCUCCUUGGUUGUGGGUUUAUAUAUACCUUCGCUGGAAUCUUGUGCAUGCGGCAACUGAAGACCAAACGAAUUCAAAAGAGGCAAUGGCGUGAGCAAGCAGUGAAAGAUCUGCAGGACUUGGAAGAUAAGAGGAGGGAACUUGAAGGGCUCCUUGAGCAGGGUGCUCGCCGGUGAAGUCGGUUAUGUAGUCCAGUUAAGAAGGAAAAUCUCCCAAGUUAAUUGAAAUCGGUCGAUUAUUGAACUGCACACUCGGACCUUGUCAGCUCUACUCCUGAAGAACGAAAUUCACGUCUGAUCACAAGACGUCAUCAGGGGUAGGCAUGCGAACACUGGAGUGCUCACCUUUAAUGUCUGGACAGGCAAACUGAUGGGGAAAAAGUAUAAUGAUUGCUGGCUUGCUGUGAAGCUGUAUCGAUCAAUUAUGAAUACGUACAACCGCUCAGAGGACUAGAGGAUUCACCAUGGAGAGACAGUGGAGAAGAAUGUGAGAGAUGGGACUGGGUGAAAUGAAAAAGGAACACUGCGUGAACAGAUUGAAAAUUCAUGUGAAAUAGUAGACUGUCAAUUGAAGGUAAAAAACGUGUAAAAAGUGUGGCCUACCAGUGUCUCUCGUUUGUCAAACGAAGGGCUUUCUUUGGAUAAUUUGUAAUUUCAAUCAUAAUGGAGCAUGUACAUUAAUUCUCAGU